AUGGUCAAGACUCUUUUCGCUGCCCUUCCCGUGCUCAUGCUCGCCGAGCAAGCUCUCGGAUUCGGUUGCUCCACACACAGCUUCACUACUUGCGAAGAUAGAAUUGUUCACUGGUUCGACCCUGAUGAUGGCAUGAUUUGCGAUCCCCUUGAUUGUGGCGGUGGUCGAGCCCCCGUGAAGACUGGCGUCCCAGGAUGCGCAAACUACUCUGGCACCGAGACCCGCGGAACAUCGUACCUCUCAUGCUGGAAACCUUCGACUACUCUCGCCACAGCACCCGCUGAAACGACCAUUGAGGCCGUUACCAUCGAUGCUGAACCUACCAGUACAGCUAUCGAAAUUGAAACGGAGAGUACAACCGAUAGCCACGCUGUCGAGCCAACCACUUCCGGACUGGUCGAGGCGACUGUUUCCGAGCUCACCACUGUCGCACCUGUCGUUCCCUCCCAGACGCAGACGUCUGUAGAAACUCAAGCGACUAAGCCAGCGUCUACCCCAAUCGUCAGUCCCAACGCUGCACAGGCUUUGAAGGGUUCUUUGAUUGCUGCUGUCGGAGUUGCCAUCGGUGCGAUGUUUCUCUGA